AUGUUGAGGACUAAGUUGGAGAAUGUCGACACUGCUUUUGACAUUAUGGACCAACUUCAGGACAUGUUUGGGCAUAAAUCUAAUCAAGCCCAUUUCGAAGCCACCAAGAAGUAUGCAAAUGCUAAGAUGGUGUCGGGGAUGCAUGUUCAUGAUCACUUCAUCAAGAUGAUGAACUACUUCCAAGAAGUUGAGUUUCAUGGAGCCUCCACUGAUGAGAAGACUCAAGUGGGGCUCAUCCUGAACAACCUUGCACCUUCUUUCCUUGCGUUCACCACUAACUAUUUCCUGAACAAGCUAGAGUAUGACAUGACACAAUUGCUGAAUGAACUUCAAAUGUUUGAAGGAAUUAAUGGUGGAGCGAGCAAGGGAACUGAAAAUUGA